GUCCUCAAGCAGCUGAACGCACCGCGUUUGGACUUGAGGACUGGGCUGGGUUGCAGGUCGAGCGGCGGCGCUCGCUGCACGCUCGGUGCAUGGAUCCCCUUGCAGCUGAUGCCAGAUCCAAAGACAUGGUUUGGCUGAUUUCCCCAUCCUGAUCCCUCGCACACAUGCUUGAUAUUUUUUCUGUGCACACUGGGAAAACGAGGGAUGUAGCCGCAGCUGGAUAAACGAGGAGAACACAUGGGCUUCAGCUUUCCCCCUGAGAUUCUUACCGCGUAACGGGGAAUUUAUCGCACUGCUCUGGUCAUGGAGAACCAAGCAGUUGAGCCACAGAACUAUGAAGAUGUGCAGAAAAGCGGCUACCUCCGCAAGCAUAAAUCAAUGCACCGGCGGUUCUUCGUGCUGAGGGCGGCCUCGGAGCAUGGUCCGGCUCGGCUCGAGUACUAUGAGAACGAGAAGAAAUUCCGCAGUAAAUCACCUGUGCCCAAGAAGGUCCUGAACCUGGAGACCUGCUUCAACAUCAACAAGCGGGCGGAUUCCAAGAACAAGCACAUGAUCGUGCUGUACACCCGCAGCGAGAGCUUUGCCAUCGCUGCGGACAGCGAGGAGGUCCAGAAUGAGUGGUACCAAGCCAUGCUGGAUCUUCAGUGCAACUGUAAAAGUCCUGAAGAUUAUGGCAGUAGUGGAGAGUGUAGUUCUCCAUCUCCCAUUCCAACUUUUAAGGAGGUAUGGCAAGUCAAGGUUUGGCCUAAAGGUCUUGGACAUGCUAGGAACUUGGUGGGCAUCUACCGGCUGUGCCUAACAGAUAAGACAGUCAAUUUUGUCAAACUCAACUCUGAUGUGGCUGCUGUGGUGUUGCAGCUGAUGAAUGUUCGCAGGUGUGGCCAUUCAGAGAACUUCUUCUUCAUUGAGGUGGGACGCUCAGCGAUUACAGGCCCCGGAGAGUUCUGGAUGCAAGUGGACGACUCUGUGGUGGCUCAAAACAUGCAUGAGACCCUGCUGGAGGCUAUGAAAGCCCUGAGUGAAGAAUUCCGUCAGCGCAGCAAGUCUCAGUCUGUGGGAACUUCGUGUGGCGGUGGAACUGCUUCAAAUCCCAUUAGUGUCCCAAGUCGGCGUCAUCACCCAAACCUGCCACCGAGCCAGGUGGGCUUCUCUAGGCGAGCACGCACUGAGACCCCGGGAACAGGUGGCAGCAGCACAAGCACUUCACCCACAUCACGGCACGGGUUUCCAAGGGCACGAACAGCCAGCAUUGGAGCAAGGUCGGAGGAGGGAGGAGCAAGUGCCAGAGGGACGUGGGCCAGUUCCAGCCCGAGUCUGAAUGGAUCCUGCUCAACUACUCCGACGCUAAGACCCAAACCCACAAGGGCCCCAACUCCUGCUAAGAUUACAUUAAGCCUUGCACGUUACACACCUAACCCUGCUCCCUCUCCUGCACCAAGCCUUUCCUCCAGUUCAGGUCAUGGAUCAGAGUGUGGCCUUGUUGGAUCUGUGGUGGGAGGCAUGUCGAUUUGCUCCUAUGCUCGUGUUUCGCAAAGAGUUUCUGUUUCAGGUUCACCGAGUGACUACGGAUCCUCGGAUGAGUAUGGUUCCAGUCCUGGUGACCACUCUCUGCUCAUACCAAGUCAAUCUGGACAUCAUGCACAUGGAGAGGGUUCCUCCAGCUAUAUAGUGAUGGGACAACGAGAAGGUCUGCUUGGUUCCCAUCAUCAUUCGAAAGGCAGACGAAUUCUGCGACGCUCAUCUAGUCGGGAGUCUGAGGCUGAGCGGAGGCUGCUGAGUAAGAGGGCUUCACUGCCUUUGUCAUCCCAUGAAAGACUAACCCCACACAGAAAAGAUGAAGAUUAUGACGAUGAUGAAGAGUACGCCAUAAUGUCACGGAGUGCUAACAGAGAGAGGGCAGAUCUGCACCAAGGCUCAGGGAAUCCAGUAGAUCAGGGUGGGCAGCCUGAGGAAGUAGGAAAGAACAGGAAGAGGGCUGACAAAAGCAGGGGACAUGGGGACAGAGGAGCCGCUGUAGACAGCGGCUACAUGUCAAUGUUACCUGGAGUGACGUCUCCUCCUGUUUCACUGUCUCUUUCAAUGGGCAUGUACGACUCCAGAGCUAAACCCGGGGCAGAUGACGAGUACAUGGCCAUGACCCCCAACAACAGCGUGUCCCCUCCUCAGCACAUCUGCAAGCCCACCUCAGAGGGCUAUAUGGUCAUGUCUCCAAACAGCAGCAGCUCCACAGACCUGCAUGGAAUGGCCAUGUGGGAUAGCAGGGCCGGCAUGGAGAGCCGGGCUGCAAGCGACUACAUGAACAUCUCGCCACUCAACAGCCGCUCCGCCUGCAGUACACCGCCUUCUCACCCCGAGCAGCACCAACUCCAACCAAAAAUGUUCAACUCCUACUUCUCGCUGCCACGAGCCUAUCAGCAUACCCUCUACACUCGCUUUGAGGAGAACUUGAACAAAGAGGAAGAAAAGAAAGACAGCAGUGGGCACGACAGUACUGGAAGGGGAGGGAGAACUGGGUACAGCAAGAGAAACAAAAUUGCAGUGGGCUCUGCAGGAGGCUGCCAACUCUCCAUGUCUUCCUCUUCUUUCUCCUCUAGCUCCGCCAGCAGUGAAAGCCUUGAAGAUAAGUCCCUAUCCGCUGGCAGGGGGUUAAGUUUAUUAAGAACUGGGGCAGAAUAUAAAAGUGCAGGAGCAUCCACAAAGGAUGGACGUCACCACCCAAAACGUGCAUCCAGUAGUAAAAGCCCAAAGCAACAGAGGAGGGGGCGUCCCUUGAGUGUAUCUUCAGGCAUUGCUAAGGCAAACACCCUACCAAGGGUUAAGGAGAAUCUACCACCAUCGGGGUCUCAGAAUGUUGGGGAUUAUGUAAGUAUUGUCUUUAAAGAAAACAUUGUACACGAUAAAGGACGUAGUGGAGGGUCUCAUCAUGGACAGCCUGUAAUCCAUGGAACACUGCGUCCCAUGAACCAGCCACUCCUCUGUCAUGAUAACCCUGCUAACCUUCCCCGCAGCUUCUCUGCACCGCUCUCCACCUCUGCUGAGUAUGUCAACAUGGAUUUAGGGAAAUCCUCAACACCCCUGACUCAUGUUAGAUCCACCUUCAGCACCCUACAGGGCCCACCAGCUGUUGCCCCCAAGGCCCUACAUGAACACAGCUCAUCCUCUCCACUGGUAACAGAGUGCAGCGCAGGGUACAGAACAAAAAUUAAGAUGGCAACAGUGCCAACGGAUGUUUCCAUCCCAUUUCUGGACAGCAAAGUUUCAGAUUCGAGCAACUCAGCAAGACCUGCCAUCCACUCUGAUCCACCAUUAUCUAGAGAGCAGGAGUCAGGUUUGGGUUCUUCCCCGGUCAAGUGCUUCCAGUCACCUGACCGGAGCAGCAGACUGGCCCGAGGUGAUCAGAAAGGACACUUGAGCCACCGAUCAGAAACGUUCUGCUCACCACCAUCUUUGCCACCAUACACAUCUUCUUCUAUCUCCCUCUUCCCUGAGGGCAACCAGGCCGCAAGCCAUCGGCAGGGUUUGGACUGCUCACUGUGGGAGAACGGGCAGGCUUCUGGUUUGUCUGUCACACCUGCACCCCAAGCCUCCACCUCAUCCACUGAACAAGGCCUUAACUACAUAGACCUUGACUUAGCCAUGAAGGAAAGCCCUCAAGCUGGAGCAGAUCGUACCUCUCCUGUCUACAACAUCGGAGGGACCACUUUGGGCAUCAGUGCCAGCUCUGGUCUGAACACUUACACCAGCAUUGAUUUCUACAAAUCAGAGGAACUACGAACAAACCAGAACAGUAUCAAGGAUGGUCAAGACUGUUGAUCUCCAUCUCCGUCUUUGAUGCGUCGGCUCGGCACUCGACUCGCCAUGUAUUGCCACAACAAAACUGUAUGCUGGAGUCGGAACGCUGAAACUAUGGGAAUCUCAUCCUCAUCCCGUCUGAUGUUUUCUGUUAACCAAAUGUGUGCCAAACACACUCACCCACACACAAACACACAUACAACCUCAACACAAAGUCAAAGUUGAAGUAAAAGACAUUACUUUGUUUGAACUAAGGUGACACUUGAUCUUUGUUUAACUUGGUACCAAGAGCAAAUGAGUUCACAGGGGUCCAUUCUAUUGAUUAUAGACUGAUUUGCUUAGUAUUUUCCCUUUAAACAAAUACUUAUUCCAAAACCUUUGUUGAAUUUUAAUGCAGAUUUUGUUGAAUUUACCAUUCAUUGAAACCAUUGAAAUCCAAAAGAACAAAUUAAAUCCCUUAGUGACUUUUAAAUUGAAACCAGUUUGCCUGUGAUUUUUGAGCAAAAACCGUUGAUUGAAGUUAUGUUCCACAAAACAUAAAAGUAGAAGCUGGUGCGCCAAUUAGUGAGUCCAUUACAUAACUUUACUGUUUAAAUGAUCAUCAGGUAUCCUUCAGGUUCAAGCAAAUAAUAAGAAAACUGGUGGUUACGAGUUUCUUAAACAUUCACACCAUCUCACUGUAAACAGUUUUAAAUGAUUAUCUACUGUAAAGUUGUCCAAAAAAGCUUUUAUACAUCUUUACUACUGCUGUUGUGUUACUGAGUUACUUAAAAUACUGGUAGAAACACUUUUAAACAUAAACACUCAAUUCAGAGCCCUCCACAUUUAUUUUCACUCCUCAUAAAGAUAUGUCAAAAGCCUUAAAAGAAAUUGUUCUUUUACUGCAGUUGCAUAAUCUCACUAUUAAAAACUUGCCGUACUUCUAUAACAGUGAGCUUUGAGGUUGUUUUUGAAAGUUUUAGGAUUAAAUUGAAAGACUUCCAUGACCAUGAAAGACGACGGAGUUUGUGACUGGUGAACCAUUUUCUUUCUGGUGAACCGUUUCUAUGUUCCCAGGUCCUUUGGAUGAGAAAUUAGCCCACAGCACCACACAUCCUCCACCAUACUUAACGGUGGGCAUGAGGUGGUUUUUCCCAUAUUCUUUCUUUGUUUCGUGCAAAACCUAACUUGAGGAAAACGAGGACAAAUAUUUGCCUCAUCUGACCUAAGCAGACGGUUCUUAUUAAAGUCCCAGCAGCAUUUAGCAAUCCCCACAGGUUUACAUUUGUGAUUGUAAGACAGAAAAGGCUUUUGACUAGGAGCUGCCCAAAUAACCAGUUGACAUGUAGCUAGUGUUAGACACUGGCUGUUAUUGAGACUUAACCAAACUCUCGAUAAUAGUGCUCUGAAAUUAUAAGCUGCCUUGUUUGCCCCCAUUCCUGUUUUUAAUUGUUGCUCUUAUUGUAGAUAUGGACACAUUUAGAUCAGGAGCUAAUUUCUUGUUGUCAUUUCCUGACAUAUGGGGAUAAUGCUUUAAUUGAAUGGCAUGUUCUGUUCUCUUUCCCAUUUCGAAGAAUGUGAAAGACGACGAUGCCUCUGUGUCACAUUAUAUUUAUACCCCGGGGAAACCAGAAGUCAUGGAUUACUAAUUAAAAGUUUAUCAAUACUUUCAUCAUCUUAAAAAGGUAAAGAAGAUAUUUAAAACCAGGUUAAUUUUAAAAUUAGGGUUAGCAUUAAUAGCAGCACAAAUGAUUUUGUAAGAAAAAUAAAUAUUUUUUAAUGUGUGAAUUAUUUUCCUGCUGAAGUAACAUAAGUGAAAGGUUUGUUCCUUUUUUCAUAAUAGAACAUUAACAUUGGCAUUAUUUAAUAUUAUUUUAAGGGUCUUUGCACAUCCUUAUAGAGAUGCCAGUUAAGGUAAAGAGUUGCUUUAUUUAUAACAAGCUACAGGUUGUGUAUUUGGCAGAGAAACAGCCUUAUUUAGCUGAAAUCUACAUGUGGUGGAUUGUCUACUCUGUAGACGAUCCUGUGGGUUUUAAGCAGUUGCUGGGAAACCCAUUCAACAUUUACAGGAGUAAGUUGUCUAUUUUUCCACCCAGAAAAACCUGUUUGCUUUGAUGAAAAUCAAGGUAAGCAGCAUUCUUGUUAGAGAAUAGCCAGCUUGAAUUCAUGGUAAUGUCCUUGCUGAGAUGUGCUAAAGAUUCCUGAAGAGAAAACUAGCAAAGCUAUUCAUAUCCCAGUGUUAGCCGUUCAAAGAUUUGCCGGGUAGAUAGAUAGACGAGCAAGAUGAACACAUGCAGAUGGUCUGCGACAUCUACAUGGUCAGAGAGCUGCAAAUGCUCCCCCCUGUUCGCCUUCAGAUUCAACUUAAUAACAGUAUAUCAGAUGAAGCUGACACAUGACUAUCAAAUCAUUGAGCUGAUGUCUGAGUCACAUUGGCGAGCGCUUCGGGGGACAAAUUAGGAAAGACCACCAGAGGAAAAGGAAGCAGAGCUAUAUGAAUUUUUCUCUUGAAGCUUAAAACCAUUUUUAACUUUUAAGUAACACAAACUUAGUAGGAAAAUUAUAAAUGUUUUUUUGGCAUCUUAGCUUUUCUAUUACAACUUUAUAUAACACUAUGGUAUUUACUAUAGUAUUAAGAGUAGAAUGACAGAAACUAUAGUACAUACUGUCGUCAGUUUUUCUCAUUUGCAAAACAGUUAACACUGUUUUAAUAUAAAGUGACACACUACAAUGGUAUAUAAAAUAUACGGUAUACAUAUAAUGAAUAAUACUAUAUAGCCUAGAUAUCUAUAUACUCUUUUAUAAAGUGCCUCAUUUUUGAUUGUAGCUGUUUUUACACAGGUGAUCUUAAAAUGUGUUGUGAAAUUGAGGGAAAAAACAUUAACGUUUCUCUUCGAAGCUUACAUCUGUGGAAGUAGGACAGACCAGAAACUUAACACUGCUGCCAUUCAACAGUAAUUAGAUUGCCUUAAAGUGUUUUACAGAGACAUGAAAAAAAAUACAAUCUGUUUUGAUUUUUUUUGCAGUGCCUAACACUGAAGCCACAAUGUAAGCACAUGCAACCCCUCUCUUUUUUGGUUGACUUUGUCAAGGUGGGAUUUGAUCAAUACAGAAUCCUCUCCUCAUAUCUUUUUGUAGUGGUCCCAAUUUCCUUUCUAUUUCACUCUCAGUCCAACAACAAACAUACGUUAUACAUUAGUCAUACACAGCAGCCUGCAAAAGUAUUCAUAGCCUUUGAAUGUUACAACCAUGAGUUCGAACUGUAUUUCAUUUUGAUUUUAUGCGACAGACCAACACAAAGUAGCGGAUAAUUGCGAAGUUGAAUAAAAUUGAUACGUUUUUCAAAAUCUUUACAAAUAAAAAUCAGAAAGGUGGGUCGUGUUCUUGUAUUCAGCCUCCCUGAGUCCACAGUUACAGCUGUAGGUCUUGUGGAGUAUGUCUACCAGCUUUGCACAUCUAAAAGCCUGAAACAAUGUGCAUACUCUUCUUUGCAAAGUUUAUGGGAACAGUAAUUUUCAAGUCUUGCCACAGUUAAGUUUUCAGAUUUUUAUUAGCAAAUCAUUUUGAAAAACACCUAUUCUCUGCACUUCACAGUUAUACUCUGUUGGUCUAUCCCAUUAAAGCCCAUUGAAAUACAUAAAAGUUCUUGGUUGCAAUGUGAUGAAAUGUGGAAAUGUUUACCAGAUGCAAAUACCUUUGCAAAAAAACUACAUUUUAGCUUUCCUGGUUUCUAUAAAGAAGUUACCAUAGUCCUGUAUGUAAAUAAUUAAUAUAAUGCUGAUAUGAAUUAACUUUAUGUUUUCAAAUUAUUCUCUAAACCCCUAAACAAGUUUAAAAAAUGGAGCGUGCUCAUGGCUGAUAUUUUGUUCGUGUCAAAACUGUAUGAACAUGCUUUUUGGUGGUUCAGUGAUGCGGGUAAUGAUUCAGCUCCCAGAAGUUGUGAAUAGUUCUGUUUCUCUGUCACAUUGUCUUUUUGUUUCUCCACACUCAAACAUCUGUAGGACUGUGGACCAAGUCUUUAUGCUCAUUACCUCCUCUUUUAUAAAUUCUGCUGCAGCCAAGCAAAUUACCCAAAGGAAAAAAAAAAAAGCAAGUCUAAAAAAAAUUAAAUGAUAAGAAUAAUUUGAUGGUCUGAUUCAGGAAACACACACAUCCAGAUAUCAGUCAAGACGUUAUGUCUUUUUUAAACUUGCAUUGUGUUUCUCUGAUGGUUGGACCUUGACGGGUUUUAAACCAGAACCACGGGUUGCAACAUUUGGCCUUGUGACGUUGCUGAAACUGCAGAUUGGUUGCAAAUACUUUUAGAAAACAAAAUGUCUGCUAUAUUAUGUUGAUAAGGUGACGCAAUGUCAAACCAGACUGUUUGAGUCCAGGGCUCUGGCUGAGUGCACACAGGGUAAAAACAAAAGAAAGGCUUUCUUGAUGAAGUUCAGACAUUUGGUAGCUUUUCCCACAUUUAGAUCUCUUACGUUUGUUUCUUUGUUUUGUUUUUUACAAUUCAAAGGAUUCAACACUAGUGUUGUUGAGAUGUUCCAAGGUUUAGCUAAAGACAUAUAUUAAUUCUUUUGAAAUUUUCGCUUUUUAUUAGUACUUAUUGGUGCCUGACAUAGCAAUUAAUAGCCUAGCUAUCCAUGAAGACCUUGACCUUUCAAAAUAAGGGUGCCAAUCCAUCUUGAAAAAACAGAAUAUGUUGGCUGUUCAAAGUAAAGCACACUCAUUCUCUUCAACAUGAAAAGUCUCAAUCCUUUAUAGAUUUUCAUAUAGCAAAAUUGAAUUCACAUUAAUACACCUAAAUUAGGCAUGAAUAAGGGAUUCUGUGGCCUUUUCAAAAUAAAUCACAUUUAAAAAAUAGUUUCUGCUUUUUAACGGUUAAUUAUUACAAAUGUAGAUUUCCUUUUCCUCGUUACCAAAGAUAAUAUAUUUUGGUCCUAAAGCAGACAUUUUACGCACCAAAAGGCAAGCACCAUUAAGUUUUCUUUGUGAAUUUUUCCAACUUGAUUUUAAACAUUGUUUCGACACAGUAAGUGUACACUAAAUAUUGACAAUCUUAACCAAAUUCAUAAAGCAGCUUCAGUUUUAAUAGUUUAUCUUAUCGAAUGGAUGUUUUAAUCUGUUGUUGUUAUUCUUGCAAAGCCUCUGUUCUAAUUGGGGAUUAGAGAGAAUCUCUGACUGUACCUUAUAAUCUCAAAUCAGAGCAGAGGCAACAGUUGGUGUUACUGUAAAGCCCCUUGGAGAGUCUGAUGUUGGCUUGGGUGGAGCAAACACAUAAGAGGAGUGCAGAACUAUAUAACCAAAACGAC